UUUCCCUCUCCCGUUUUUCUCUCUUAGUUUAUGUUUUGUCAACUUUUGAUGAUUUCUAUUACAAUUGUGUUCCCUAAUCAUCUCACUUUUGUUCAUGUUUUUCACUUCUGAUAUCUGCACUUCUCUGUUUCUUCUUUGACUUGAAAAUAUCUCAGUCAAACCAGUUAUGUUCCUGAUAUUAUUUUCUCAUUCUUUGGCGUGCUUCUAAAACACCAAUUCAACCUUUAGACUUUUUUCUCAUUGGAUUCACAGCUGGGCUGUUGAAAUUUUCUUCUUUGUUUCAGUGGGUCUGUCUGUUGUUCCUUCAUGAACGCUUGGCUUUGCUCUGUUUGUCUCCCUCUGUUCUUCAGAUUCGAUUGAACACCGAAUCAACAUUUCACUACACAGGGGUUUGUAUUGCAUUGCAAUUCUGCAACCUGUUUCCUGAAGCUAGUAAUCUUUCUGAGUUAUUGAAACUUGAAAUGGCGAUAAAGACGAUGGAACUGUUGAAAGGAGGAGGGGUGACAGGGGAGGAGAUAAUGGAGGUUCUGGCGACGGUGCCGGCGGAGUUGGGGGACGCCAUAGAAGAGGCAGAGGAGACGAUGCAGGUUAUACCGCUGAAGGGUGCGAUGACGAACGAGGUGUUUCAGAUCAAGUGGUGGUCCCAAAACGACUGCGUAUUGAGGAGAGUGCUGGUGAGGCUGUACGGAAGAGGAGUAGAGAUCUUCUUCAACCGAGAGGAAGAGAUCAGGACGUUUCAGUGCGUGGCGGAGCACGGCCAGGGCCCCCGCCUUCUCGCCUGCUUUGCCGCCGGCAGAGUUGAAGAGUUCAUCAACGCCACUACAUUAUCAGCAGCUGACAUCCGUGAUCCAGAAAUAUCUGCUCUCAUUGCAUCGAAGAUGAGAGAGUUUCAUAAGCUUCGUAUGCCUGGUGACCGAAAAGUCCAGAUUUGGCACAAAGCUAGGAAAUGGCUUAAUUUGGCAAAAAGUUUAAGUAGCACAAAGGACGCAAAGAAUUUUGGGUUGGAGGAAAUGGAUGAAGAAAUAAACAAGCUAGAGAAUCUGAUAUCUGAUUCUGAAGGGUAUCAUCAAGAGAUUGGUUUUUGUCACAAUGACCUCCAAUAUGGUAACAUUAUGAUGGACAAAGACUCCAGAAGCAUCACCAUCAUUGAUUAUGAAUAUGCAAGUUACAAUCCCAUUGCAUAUGACCUAGCAAACCAUUUCUGUGAAAUGACAGCAGAUUAUCACUCUGACACGCCUCAUCUUCUUGACUACACUAAAUAUCCAGAUUUUGAAGAGCGUCAAGGGUUUGUGAAGAUUUAUCUCAGUGCUGAAGGCAAGAAGCCAAGCAAUGCAGAAGUGGAGCAAUUAGUGAACAAUUCAGAGAAGUACACCCUCGCAAAUCACCUGUUUUGGGGAUUAUGGGGACUUAUUUCUAGUUAUGUCAACAAGAUUGACUUUGACUACAAGGAGUAUGCAAGGCAGAGGUUUCAGCAGUACUGGCUUAAAAAGCUUACUUUAUUGGAACGGUGAAGUUGAGCCUAGCAUGCAUUUCAUCAUGAAUAUGAUAUUUUAAGGCAUGAUUUGUAGUGUAAUUCAUGUCAGUAAGUAAUAAUUGUGUUGUGGAUUUUGAUAAUUUUUACUAAUAACUGCCUUUCAAUCCCUCUGUUUUGGGAAUGAGCUAGAGAAUUUGUAGUAA